AUGGCGGCCCGGCGUGCAUAGCCCGCGGUGCUCAGCACAGCCAGGCAGACACAGGGGUAGCGACCCGCCCGGGAGAGAGGACCCCGCCGGGAAGGGAUCCGACAGGAACGAGAGCCGACCAGCGACGGGGCACAGACCAAGGCUGGAGCCCCAGCUCGCCGCGCAGGCCCCGCUGCGCGCCAAGAUGCAGACUAUGGACACAGCCACCCGGGGUUUCUAUGAGGAGGACAGCAAGGACUUGGACUUCUAUGACUUUGAGCCGCUCCCCACCUUGCCAGAGGAUGAGGAAAACGUGUCCCUGGCUGACAUCCUCUCCCUGCGUGACAGUGGUCUCAGUGAGCCAGAGGCCUGGGCCGUGUGCCUGGAGUGUAGCUUGUCUAUGAGGAGCAUCGCCCACUCGGCCAUCUUCCAGACCCUAUGUAUCACACCUGACACCCUGGCCUUCAACACCAGUGGGAACGUGUGCUUCAUGGAACAGCUCAGUGAUGAUCCUGAGGGUGCCUUUGUCCCCCCAGAGUUUGACCUGACAGGAAACACUUUUGAGGCACACACCUACUCGCUGGGGGCCACAUUGAAGGCUGCUCUGGAGUAUGUAGUGGAGCCCGAACAGGAGCCCAAGCUUAGCCCAGACCUGGAGGCACUACUAGGCCAAAUGCAGGCGGAGGACCCCAGAGACCGGCCUGACCUGGAGAGCAUCAUAGCACUGUGCCAGGAGAAGAUGCAGCCCACAUCCUCACACUGCCUGUGCCGCAGUCUUUCAGCCAUUGGGAGGAGGGUGCUCUCCAUUGAGUCCUUCGGAACAUUCCAGGACCUCAGUGAAAUCACCUGGCGAGGGAGAACUGCUCCAAGAAGUGGGCACAAGAAGCUGCCUGGAGACCUCAAUGCUGGCCUAGAGAUCCUGCAUGCCCCGGAGGGCUUGCCCCAGCCUCCUGCCUCUGGAGACCCAGAGCAGGAGGCCAGCCAGGGCCCCAGAUCUGCAACCCCCAAGCCACUGCUGUCGGUCCCCAUGAGAAAUGGGGAGAGCCCCAGGCAGGAGGGGCUGGCCAGCCUUGUCCUGGAUGCCAGAUGCCCCCUGGGUGAGCUGGACAGAGAUGUCUUCAAGCGAAGUCGGCUGAGGAAAGCUCAGACUUUUCCCAGGCUGCUGCCCGAUGGCCCUGAGGCCAGUGCCCUCUGUCUGUCACUGACCAGCUCAAGAAACCAACUGACCAUAUCUGAAUUUCUCCCCCCAGACCCCAAGAAGGUCUUUCUGGAGGGAAAAAAUGGUCUUUUUGGCUUCAAGACACAGUCCAAAAACAGACUGUGGCUGGAACAGGAGCCUAAACUUCAGCUAGAAGGGGCACCAGGCACAGGCCGUAGUCUGCACAGGGGUCCAGGAGCUUUGGGACAGUUGGAGAGUCCAUCCCCUGGCCAGGGGUCUGUGGAGGACAAGCCCCUGCCCUGCCCUACAGACCCUGGAAAUGCAGACUGUGACACCAAGACAACUGGGGGUGAAGAGAGGAUUCCUGAAGGAACCAGGAGGCUGGGAAGUGCAGCCACAGAGCAGAGCUUAUGCCUGCAGGACCUCCUGUCCAAGCUGGGCCGGCCCUUCAGGGAGUCUGAGCUGUGGGCCCUGUGCUUUGCCUGUCUCAGCGCUCUCCAGACACACACUGAGCACCCAGCCUGCCUAUACCUGGACAAUGUGCUGGUGGCCAAGGACGGAACUGUACUCUUCGACAACCCCCCUGCCCACGAUUCCUGCAACUCGCUCUUCCUGGCUCCGGAGGUGGCUGAGAAGAAACCCGUGACCGAGAAGGCCUCUGUGUACUGUGUGGCUGCAGUCCUGUGGACAGCAGCCAAAUUCAGUGUCCCCCAUGAUCAAAAGCUGUCCCUGACACGCCGACUCAAGACACUCCUCCUAGACAUGGCCAGGCGCCACGCCCCAGAUCGGCCAUCUACAACUGAAGCCAUCAAGGUAUGCAGCAGCUACCUCCUUCAAAGAGGCAUGGACAGCAGGAAGAUUCUAGCACAUCUACGAGCAUCCACCUACAAGGUUCACCCAGAGGAAGAAACCAUCAGUCUCCAAAAUGCCUUCUCAGUGGUUGAACUGAAACCUCACAUGGUGCCUGCCUCUGAGUCCAGCUCAGGUUUCCUGCAGGUCAGCAGUGACACUGGGAUCAUUGCUGUGCCAGGGCCUGUGCCUGGUCCACCCUCCUGCUGUGAAGGAGCCUAUGAGCUGCCAGCAGCCUUCACCUCUGAGGCCACUCACUUUAAGCCUAUAGUCCUUGCUCAGGACACAGGUGGGGCCAGGGACCAGCUUGCCUUGUCCUCAGACAAGAAGCCCAAGGAGAGAAGCAGUCAGGUGGACAGGGAGGGCUCAGGGAAGAAGUCAGCCCAGGAACUUGCUGAGAACAUUAGCCUGACGACCCCUGACCAGCCACUGUCAAGUCUAGGACUGCUGGAAGCAUCCUCAAAAUCAUCUGGGGACUCUGUGCCCUGCAGCUUGAGCCAGGAGUGCUCCUACCCACCAGGCCUCACCCUGGCCACCCAGCCAGGGGGGACCACAUUAGGGACACCCACCUUUCCUGUCCCUGGUCUGUCCCCUGAACACAGAUCAGAUGGGCAGGGCUCACCUGGAACCACUCUGUCCUCAACCUCACCUGGCCAUGGCCUAUAUCACCCAUGCAAGCAUCCCAGGGGCAAGGCUGCUGAGCCAAUGGGCCCUCAGCCAGCCACACAGGGGCCCACCCUGGGUGCGGUGAAUGCAGACAGUCAGCCUGAGAAGCCUCGUCCUGCAGACCGCAAGCUCUGUCCAUCCAGCCUGGAUGCUUCAUGCUCCCCUGAGACAGCAGCCUGCCCUUCACUGCAGGAGGCCAUGCGGCUCAUCCAGGAGGAAUUUGCCUUCGAUGGCUACCUGGACAAUGGGCUGGAGGCACUGAUCAUGGGGGAGUAUAUUUAUGCCCUGAAAGACCUCACCUUUGCCACCUUCUGUGGUGCCAUAUCGGAGAAGUUCUGUGACCUGUACUGGGAUGAGCAGCUGCUGCAGAGCCUCUUCAAAGUAGUCAAUGGACCAGCCUUACCCUCUGAGAGCACCUCUGAAGAGCCAGGGGCCCAGCCAGAUGAUUCACCCAGCAGCUGCUCAAUGUCCAGCAAAAGGCCCUCACUGCACGGACUGGGCAAAGAGAAACCAGCUGUAGCCUGGGGCAGUGGGGGCCCCUGCUCACCCACUGCACUGUCAGACAUAGACUCUGACAUGCUCUCCCAGGGAAACUUUGAGGUAGGAUUUCGGUCCCAGAAGUCAAUAAAAGCCACACGAGAGCAGCAGCAUGAGACUGGAGUGGAUGGGCAGCCAGGCCCAGGAAAGAAGCCAGCUCACAGGAUUUCGGACACAGUGGCCCAAUUGACCAGGCCUGAGGAAGGCAACCUGGCUAUGUCCCCAAGCCCAGCGGAGUUCCAGAGCUGCAGCCCAGGCUGGUCUAGUGCCUUCUAUGAGGCUGAAUGCUUCGGGGCUGACGUCUACAACUAUGUGAAGGAUCUGGGAAGGCAGAAGGCCAUUGAGCACCCUGAGCCCGAAGCCCAGAGCCCUGAGCUGGAGCAGCAGCUCAUGAUAGAGAAGAGAAACUACAGAAAGACUCUGAAGUUCUAUCAGAAACUCUUACAGAAGGAAAAGCGAAAUAAAGGCUCAGAGGUAAGGACCAUGCUGUCCAAACUGAGAGGUCAGCUGGAUGAAAUGAAGUCCAAGGUACAGUUCCUGGGCCUAGUCAAGAAGUACCUGCAGGUCAUGUACGCUGAGCGCUGGGGCCUGGAGCCCUGUGCCCUGCCAGUGAUUGUUAACAUUGCUGCGGCCCCCUGCGACACACUGGACUUCAGCCCCCUGGACGAGUCUUCCUCCCUCAUCUUCUACAAUGUCAACAAGCACCCAUGCAGCAGUCGGCAGAAGAAGGCCCGUAUCCUGCAGGCCGGCACCCCAUUAGGACUCAUGGCCUACCUCUACUCCAGUGGUGCUUUCCUUGAGGGCUAUGUCCAGCAGUUUCUCUACACUUUUCGGUACUUCUGCACACCACAUGACUUCCUGCACUUCCUCCUCGACCGCAUCAGCAGCACCCUGUCCAGGGCCCACCAGGAUCCUACCUCAACUUUCACCAAGAUCUAUAGGCGGAGCCUCUGUGUCCUGCAGGCCUGGGUGGAAGACUGUUACACUGUAGAUUUCAUAAGGAAUGCAGGGCUACUGGGGCAGCUUGAGGACUUCAUAUCAUCUAAGAUUCUACCCCUGGAUGGCUCUGCUGAACAUCUGCUGGGACUGUUGGAGGUGGGCACUGACAGGCGAGCUGACAGUGCCUCUCGAGGCACAGACCUGGAGGAUCCCAAGGAAGCAGAAGAGGACACCAAACCCUUUAACACCCUCUGCAAGAGGUUCUCAGAAGAUGGCAUCUCCCGGAAGAGCUUCUCCUGGAGGCUUCCCCGGGGCAAUGGGCUGACACUGCCACACCACAAAGAGCGCCAGUACACCAUCGCAUCUGCCCUGCCUAAGCCUUGCUUCUUUGAUGACCUCUACGGCCCCUAUGCCAAAGCCAGUGAGAAGGGGCCCUACUUCCUGACUGAGUACAGCACUCACCAGCUCUUCUCACAGCUAACGCUGCUGCAACAGGAACUGUUUCAAAAGUGUCACCCGGUCCACUUCCUAAACUCACGGGCUCUGGGUGUCAUGGACAAAAGUGCAGCUAUGCCCAAAGCCAGCUCUUCUGAGUCUUGGUCUGCCAAAACCUGCAGCCUGUUCCUACCCAAUUAUGUCCAGGACAGGUAUCUACUGCAGCUCCUAAGAAAUGCAGAUGAUGUCAGCACCUGGGUGGCUGCUGAAAUUGUGACCAGUCACACCUCCAAGCUACAAGUAAACUUGCUAUCCAAAUUUCUGCUGAUUGCAAAAUCUUGUUAUGAACAGAGGAACUUCGCAACCGCCAUGCAGAUCCUGGGUGGUCUGGAGCACCUGGCCGUGAGGCAGUCCCCUGCCUGGAGAAUUCUGCCUGCAAAGAUUGCUGAAGUCAUGGAGGAGCUGAAAGCCGUGGAGGUUUUCCUGAAGAGUGACAGUCUGUGUCUAAUGGAAGGACGGCGCUUCAGGACCCAACCCACCCUACCUUCAGCCCGCCUGCUGGCCAUGCACAUCCAGCAGCUGGAGACAGGGGGCUUUACCAUGACCAACGGAGCCCACAGGUGGAGCAAGCUCAGAAACAUUGCCAAGGUGGCAAGCCAGGUGCACGCAUUCCAGGAGAACCCCUACACAUUCAGCCCUGACCCCAAGCUGCAGGCGCACCUCAAGCAAAGGAUCGCCCGUUUCAGUGGGGCAGAUGUUUCCAUCUUAGCAGCAGACAACAGGGCCAACUUUCACCAGAUCCCAAGUGAGAAGCACUCCAGGAAGAUCCAGGACAAACUGCGGAGAAUGAAAGCCACAUUCCAGUAGAGGAGAGCUCUGCUGGGCAUAGACUCCAAAUGGCACCAGACCAGGGGAAGAGGAAGUGGCUGGGAAGAAAGGUACCCUGGAGCCAUCUGUGAAGGCUUGCACCUUCCAAGGGCUCUGGGGAAGGACGUUUUCACCUCUUCCUGGAGGAGGAAGUAGAGACUACAAGGAGCUAGCCUGUAGUCAUUCACAGGGAGGAGAGCUGAGCCAACCCAGCCCUAGCCCCAGGGAUAGGUGGAUAGAGUCCAGUGUGUCUGUUUCUGUAACAAUUUGAAAGUGAAAAUGAAAACAUAAUAAGUUAACUUCCCCAAGAGCUUCAGACCAGUCUAUAUCUCUCCUAGACCAAUGGUUUUCAACUGUUUUUCACUGAUUGUACCAAAAAAACCAACACCCACCCACAGCUGUUCAACAGAUGCCACACUUAGCUGCUUGCUGAGCAGUGUUUUUGUAUUCACUCAGUCAGAAGGACCAAAACAGACAUUUGCACUGAUGGGCUCCAAGGGGUUUGGAACCUUCCACCGGAACCCAAGGCUUCUAGAUAAUCUGGCCCUGUCACAUUUACACUCUCACCCCAUCCCCCAGCCUACCUUCUCCUAGGAGACCCCUUCCUGCCCAGCCCCAGGUACCCAGCAAGGGAAGUAGUUUCUAUUUCAGCUGAGCCUCCAACUCAGGCCACUGCUCCUCCCUGUGGCCCACUGCCCUUCAGUUUAGAACCAACAGUAAUAGAGACAGCUGUCCUCUAGGAAAAGGCACCAAACACUUAAUAGCAGCUCCAGUGCUGGUUGGUCACCCUGAGAGCAGAGUCUUUCUACUGCCCCUGGGCCCUGAGAGUGGCUGCCCACCCACCUUCAGCAGCCCUGCAUGCACACUCCUGUCCACUGUGUUCCCUCAGCUCUGCACGCCACUAGUGCUUUGUUAGACAGGUGAGUAUGUGAUGUUUGCUACCUUGGUAACACCAGCCCUUCCUGGAGUUCCUGAGCAGCUAGUGGCUUGUGGGUGCCCCACAGCAGAGUGCAAUGAGAAGGGGAAACUGCCUAAGGCAAAUGGCACUAUUCCAGAUCCUGCCUGCAGCAAAAGCCAAGACUGUUGUGUUUUAGAAGUAGUGAUUCUGUAGUGAAGCAGCUAGUGAUAUUUCUAUGGAAGCUGUCACUUGUGACCAAAUACUGGACUAUUUUGUCAAGAUAUGUUUUCCAUGAAUUUACUAGAGAUAACCAGGUCCUGAUUACAUCAGAUGCAAGUGGGAAUAGGUGUCCUGGCCAAGCAGAUGCAAUGCAUGGUUUACAGGCUUUUCCAUUAGGGUGUUGGUCUGCUGAUCAACACCUAUGUCUUCAGAUUUUGUGUUGAGUGCAGGUGGUGUCCAGUGCAAACCAGCAUUCCAAUGGUGCUGACUUACUGCGUGAGAAAAUGAAUGGGCUUUGGCUUAAGCAGUUUGCAUGGCGCCCUAAUGUUACUUAGUACAGAUUUCUAAAUAAAGUCAUUUCUACCAAG